AUGACAUUCUCUUCUCCUCUUCGUCAUCGAAAAAAAAAAAAAAGAAAGGGAGCAGAAAGAGAAAAGAAAGAAAAAAAGGAAAAAAAAAAACCUUAUCAGAUAUUAUGGAUCAGUGGAAAAGAUAAAUAUAACGAAUGGUUAAGAGGAGAAUAG